ACUAGGAACGAAAACCGUCCUGUGAUAUAUCAAUAAACACAGCCUUACAGCUUCCUUUUAAGUAGGAGCAAGGCAUCACUGCCAACAACAUUGUCAGCCUUCCCAUCAAGCACACGAUUCCACCUUCACAGCAAUGAAUGACUCCUUCAAUGACAGCCUGGAUGACUAUAAUGACUUUGAUGAUCAAAUCUGUGAAAAGGGCGAAGUGGUCAAAUUUGGAUCUAUUGCCAUCCCCCUCUUCUUUUCCAUAGUGAUCACACUGAGCCUGACGGGAAACAUCCUUGUCCUUGUAAUCCUGGGGUUGUAUGAAAACCUCAAAUCUCUCACCAACAUUUUCAUCCUCAACCUCGCCAUCUCUGAUAUCGUCUUCACCACCGGGCUCCCCUUCUGGGCCAUUUACCACAUCUGGGGAUGGUUGUUUCCAGAGGCCUUCUGCAAAAUUGUGACUUUUGUGUUUUUCACCGGGUUUUACAGCAGCGUCCUCUUCCUCACCAUCAUGACCAUCCACAGGUACGUGGCCGUGGUCCAUCCUCUCUCUGACCUGCGCACACAGAAACGCAGCACUGGGGUUUUUGUGUCCUUCCUGAUGUGGGUAAUCAGCAUUGGAGCAGCGAUGCCCUCCCUGCUCUACAGCUCCCUCAUCACGGUCCACCACAAGGAUCAAGACUCCAUUGGCUGCGAAUACAGUUCUAUACAGUGGAGAACCGUUAGUAUCCUCCAACAGAAUGUCUUCUUCAUGGUUGCUUUCGUGGUGAUGGCUUUCUGCUACAUUAGAAUACUGAGGAGGAUCACUGGAGCGAGGUCUCACACCAAGAACCGGGCAGUGAAGCUAGUGUUCUGCAUCGUGGCUGUGUUCUUCAUGGGUUGGGUGCCUUACAACGUGGUCAUCUUUCUGAAGGUUCUGGAUGACAGAUUAAUUCCACCUUUUGUUGAGUGCGAUGCAAGUAUCAGGCUUGACUAUGCGUUCUAUGUGUGCCGGCUCAUUGCUUUCUCUCACUGCUGCCUGAACCCUGUUUUUUACGCAUUUGUUGGUGUGAAGUUCAGGAGCCACUUGAAGUCAAUGCUGCGUCAACUGUUCAGAGCCCAGUCCAGUCCAAGUCCAGUCGAGGAGCAGCAGGUUAGACUGCAAAACUUUGUCUCACAGGGAUCAAUGUACUAGCUGCUCACUUCAAAUAUAUGUAUAUACUUUUGCAUGUACUGUGGUAAAUAAGUCCAGCUUGCAUUUGGUAUAAUCCAUUAAAUUCCAACAAAGAAAAGAGUUUGUUGCAAGCUACGCUCAGUUUUCAGAUCUGACUUCUGCUGUUCAUUCCUGCAUGUGCUCAUGGUAAAUCUGUGUUAUUAUAUAUCAGUCAUGUCAGACAUAUGACUUGAAUUAUUAUAUUGAUUUAUUUACUAGCAGAAGAUCAUGCAAAAUAAACAGUCACAAUGGAAGCAAAGCAAAUGUUGUCAAAUCUUUAUUGGAUUUUGUCUUAUUUUUGUACUACUGCAUUGAUAUUUUCUGCAGAUUUCAAACAAUGUUUUACUGUAUAGAAGAACUAUUUACCAACACUUUAUCCAAAAAGGUACAGAUGACCUUACAAUCUCUAAUGCAUGCACUUAUUACUGAGAAACUGAAGUAUCUGAUCUGAUAUGAGUUCUGAUAGUUGUUGACCAUAAAGUGAACCUUUAACUAGCAGGAGGUAGUGAGUAUUGAGGAAUGUCUUUUCGGCUCCAGAAAUCCUAUGUUAUGUUGACCUUGGAGUCCACUGUUAACCUAUUGCUGAUUUGUAAUCCUUAGGAAUGCACAGAAGGGGAGUCUUGUCUGAGGAGUUAUCAUUCUUUAGUGGGGAUGUAAACCAGAUGCUGUAAUUCUAUACGUUUUCAGAAGGUAUAAAAACUGACCGUUGGUCUUUGUUCGAGGAGGAUCAUUGGGCGACAUCCUUCCAGACAACUUCUGUCUGUAUGAUACUGUUCUUUCUUUUAAUAAAGUUCUUAUUAAGAAAGUCAGUGUCAACGGGCGUUUCUUCUCCACCUGCACAUCACGGACAUCAGAGAAACAACGACAAAACAAAACACA